AUGGCCUGGAGAGCCCCCCUGCCCCAACUGCUGCUGCUGCCGCUGCUGUUCCCAGGCUCCUGGGCACUCUUGAGGGCUCAUGAAAUUCAGAAAGUGGUGGGACAGACGCUCUCUUUGAAAUGCCGGUACCAGCCCAUGAGCGGGUCCUAUGAGACGAAAGGCUGGUGCAAGAUGAAGACAAGACUCUGGUGCAUCAGACUGGUCACCAGCUCCCAGCCCCGGACACUAGCUCAGACUGCUCGAUUCUCAAUCUGGGAUGACCCUGCUGCUGGCUUCUUCACUGUCACCAUGACUGAUCUGAGGGAGGAAGACUCAGGACACUACUGCUGUAGAACCUACCACACUUCCAGCAACUCUGUCUCUGAGUCCAUCAAAUUCUAUCUGGUGGUGUCUCCAGUCUCUACCUCCAGGCAGGCCACGUGGGUUCCCCAUGACCUGGUCUCUUCACAGACCCAGAGCUGUGUGUCCUCAACUGGAGGAGCCAGAGAAGCCUCCAGGGCUCCAUCUGCCAUCACUGCCCCUUCACAGCCCCAGAACUCCACUCUCCACUCAGGCCCUGAAGCCCACGGGGACCUGGUCCCAGCACUCUGUGGACUCCUCAUAGUCAAGAGCCUUCUGCUGUCUGCCCUGCUUGUCUGGUGGUGGGACGUGCAGUGGAAAACCCUGAUAGAGCUCAGGAGCCUGGACACCAGUAAAGCCACCUGCCACAUUCAACGGGUCACUGACCUUCUCUGGACCUCAGAUACCUAUGUGGCUGCUGGGAAGGGGCCUGCCUCCGGGGGGGAAGGUGAGAGGACAGAAGGUGGCCACAGCCUGUUGGGAAGGAGUCCGGCAGCGGCAGCUGCAUCCCAGCCCACUAGAGGGCAGCAGAGGAUGGAGAAUGGUUCCCGGUUCUGCGCUGGAGCUGGCAGAAUCUCAAGCAGUUCUGCAUCUUGUACCGACUCCGGCUGCAGUAUCCCUCGUGGCCACGAGAGGGCGGUGUGGGACCACGAGGACGGCUGUACUUACACCCAGACUCACUGGGGAAAAGGAGAGAGAAUUCCACAGCCCGAGGAGCAGCGGAUUUAG